AUAUGAACUAGUGGGCUAGUGGCCCUUAGAUAGAUAGAUUUUUGAGGAGCACGAAGGUUAAUCGAGAUGUAUUUCUUUGAAGCUUUUGAGCAGUGAGUUCUAUUUGCAGUCUCGUGGAAACAGCAAGCGAGGGAGCAGAGAAGUUCUAGCUUCAUCUUUUGUAUUAAAAAAAGGCACUCCUGAGGUUCACUUAUAGAAUUUUGUUAUGAGGGUUGCAUGCCUUUCAUGUACUCCUGAGGUUCUACCUAAAAGUAGCCCACUCACCAGCUGUAGACAAACCAAAUUUGGUUCUCAGGAAGCUCUCAUUUUACUCCGAAACUGCACCACUUUCAAUCAUCUCAAGCAAAUUCAUGCUAAGAUCAUCCGCAGUAGUCUUUCUCGAGACCAAUUAAUUAUUAGGAAACUCAUUCAACUUUGCUCUUCCCAUGGGAAAAUGGACUAUGCCACUCUUGUAUUUCAUCAAAUUCAGGGUCACCUUACCUUUACUUGGAAUCUAAUGAUUAUGUCUUAUACCAUCAAUGGGUGCCCACAACAAGCCCUCCUUCUGUAUAGCCAUAUGAUACGCCAAGGAGUUCCACCUGAUAAGUUCACCUUUCCAUUUGUUAUUAAAGCUUGCAUUUCUUCUACUGCAUUUGAACUAGGAAAAGUGGUUCAUGGGCUAGUGAUCAAAAAUAGUUUCUCAAGAGAUAUAUUCGUACAAAAUACUUUGAUGGACUUCUACUUCAAGUCCGGACAAAUAGAUUGUGGUUGCAGGGUGUUUGAAAAAAUGCGGGUUCGCAGUGUGGUUUCAUGGACAACCAUGAUUUCGGGGUUAGUUGCUUGUGGGAAGUUAUGUGCUGCCCGAGGGGUUUUUGAGCGAAUGCCAGCUAAAAAUGUUGUUUCUUGGACUGCAAUGAUCAAUGGGUAUGUCAAAAACCAACAACCUGAAGAGGCAUUUGAACUGUUCUGGAGAAUGCAGCUUGGUAAUGUUAGGCCAAAUGAGUUCACGCUGGUAAGCUUGCUGAAAGCAUGUACCCAAUUCGAAAGCCUCAAGUUGGCUAGACGGAUUCAUGACUUUGCUCUUAAAAACGGGUUUAAAAUUGAUGUUUUUCUUGGCACAGCACUUAUUGAUACUUAUAGCAAAUGUGGUAGUUUAGAGGAUGCAAAGAGAGUGUUUGAUAAGAUGCAAAUCAAGAGCUUGGCUACUUGGAAUUCAAUGAUCACUAGCUUGGGUGUGCAUGGGUUUGGAGAGGAAGCCCUUGCCGUUUUUGCAGAUAUGGAAGAGGCGAAUGUACGGCCAGAUGCAAUCACCUUUGUAGGUGUUUUAUCAGCUUGUUUGCAUACCAAUAAUCUGGAGGAUGGUUGCAAACAUUUCAAAUACAUGAGUGAACGUUAUGGUAUCACACCUAUCUUAGAACAUUAUACUUGCAUAAUUGAACUGUAUAGCCGUGCUGACAUGUUAGAUGAGGUAUGCAAAUUAGUGGAAGCCAUGCCUGUAAAGCCUAAUAGAACUAAGGAACAUCAUCUUUAGUGUUGAUCGCACGCCAGUGAACUUAAUAGAUUACUCUAUAGUGGUCAUGUCCAAUUUAAUGGGACAUCAGCUUCAAGUGUGAACUGGCUUGAUCUUCCGCCCGAGAACUUAAUAGAUUUUGGCAGUGGCUGUAAAAAUUAUCUUGUGCCAUACAAAGGGGAGAAUUGAAUCGCUAAAAGAGCUAUAAAAACAGGGCUCCUAAAAUUUUGGAUUUGCCUAUUCAUAGACAGUUUGAUUUUUAUGUACAUUUGAAUCUUUCUAUUUAUUUGCAAUGUCUUUUGGGAGACUAAGACUGUGUUUGACUGUUUGGGAAAUCAUCUUAUAAGCAGCUACUUUUAACGUGUUUGGUAAUAUUGAAAAUAAUUGUUUUUGUUAAGCUAAAGUUCUUUUAGAGUCAAAAGCAGAAGCUCGCUCAACCUAACUUAUGGAAACAGUUUAUUAUUUUACUAUAGCAUUUUUAGUUUCAAGUUAAGUAAAACACUUUGUCAUUGAUUUUAGCACUAUAAGCAAACAUUCAGUUAUUUUAAUUAACAGUAAUUUAUUCUCAUAUCACAGUAUAAAUCAAUUUAUCUUAUAAGCACAGUUAUACCAAACUUUAGCCCUUGCUCAUAGCCUCAUAUUCUUGAGGGUAGUUGAGCUUGAGCAGACCGCAUUACAUGUGUUAUCAAUUAUUUUUUACAAACUUUAUCUUGAGAAAUCCAAAGUCCAAAGCUUGACAUCUGUGAUUUGGAGCUGGCCACAUGCGAUCAAGUAGCCGGCCGACCUUAGCGCCUUAACUAAAGGUUCAGCUUGAUACUUCUGUGAUUUGGAGCUGGGCACAUGGCCACAUGCGAUCAAGCAGCCGGCCGACCUUAGCGCCUUAGCUAAAGGUUCAGCUUGAUACUUGUGUGAUUUGGAGCAGCCGGCCGACUUUAGCGCCUUAGCUAAAGGUUCAGU